UGGUGAUGUGAGGUGGCCCCCGCCGCUACCCGAGUGCCGCGCGACCCUCGCGCCCGUUUCGCGAACAGUGUGCCAGUGAAGGCUCGCGAGCCUUCGGCGGCAAGACGCCGUCCACCGUGGACCUCAGGUACGGCGCCAUGGCGGCGACCACGUACAUGCCGGGCGGCGAGCUGGACCUGCUGGGCGGCUACCACGCCGCGUCGCCGCGCAGCGCCGAGCCCGCCGACAUGAAGUACGCGCACCACCUGCACGGCGGCUCGCCCUCGCCCGGCGCGCCCGUGCUCAACCCCUGGGCCAGCCUGCCGCCCGCCGACCCCUGGGCCAUGCACCAGCACCACCACCACGCGCACCAGCCCGAUGUCAAGCCGCCGCCCGCGCCGCACGACGCGCGCCACCUGCAGCACGGCUGGCACGCGCCCGUGGGCUACGGCGCCGCCUCGCCCGUGCUGCACGGAGGCUACAUGCACCACCAGCACCUCAUGCGCGACGUGCCGCCCAGCCCGCACCUGCACCACCACCUGGAGCGCGACGCGCCCGAGGAGGACACGCCCACCAGCGACGACCUGGAGGCCUUCGCCAAGCAGUUCAAGCAGCGCCGCAUCAAGCUGGGCUUCACGCAGGCCGACGUGGGGCUGGCGCUGGGCACGCUGUACGGCAACGUGUUUUCGCAGACCACCAUCUGCCGCUUCGAGGCGCUGCAGCUCAGCUUCAAGAACAUGUGCAAGCUCAAGCCGCUGCUGCAGAAGUGGCUGGAGGAGGCCGACUCCACCACGGGCAGCCCGACCAGCAUCGACAAGAUCGCGGCGCAGGGCCGCAAGCGCAAGAAGCGCACGUCCAUCGAGGUGUCGGUCAAGGGCGCGCUCGAGCAGCACUUCCACAAGCAGCCCAAGCCGUCGGCGCAGGAGAUCACGUCGCUGGCCGACAGCCUGCAGCUGGAGAAGGAGGUCGUGCGCGUGUGGUUCUGCAACCGCCGCCAGAAGGAGAAGCGCAUGACGCCGCCCAACACGCUGGGCGGCGACGGCAUGCUGGACGGCAUGGGCCACGGCCACUACGCGCACGAGCUGCACGGCUCGCCGCCGCUGCACGCGCACUCGCCCGCGCUGUCGCCGCCGCACCCCGCCCACGCGCAGCACGCGCCGCACGCCCCGCACGCGCCGCACUCCCAGCACGCGCAGCACUCGCAGCACACGCUGCAGGGCGCGCACACGCUGGCGGCGCACUAACAGUUCGCCCCGUGGGCGCCGCCGCGGCCCUACUACGCGGAGCCGCACUAGCCGCCCGCGGGAAGCCGAGGCGCGCCGCCGCCGGGACGUGCCGCGGCGCGCCGCCAGUGCAGUGACUGUAGUGAGUGCGCCGACGCCGCCGCCGGUAAGUAGCCGAGGCCCGCGCCUCACGAGAGACCAUGUCAGCGAAUUUAUUUAACUAGAUACUACAAUUAACGAUGUUCAUACGUGCCUGCCCGCCGGGAGGGUGUAGCUUAACGUUUAGUGACGAGCUCGAAGCGCGGACGCAGCUUCGUUCAGUGAGGGAAUACGAUCGAGUCGAUAGGUGCAAUUUUUAUGUUAAGUGCUAGACGAAGCGCGGCGGCGCGGCGCGACGCGGCGCUCGACGCGCGUCGCGCCGCGCCGCGCCGCGCGUUCCCGCUCCAGUAAUUUAUUGAAAAUUAAGCAGAUACGAUGCCAAAAUGGUUUUAUUCCUGUUUUUAAUUGUUUUGUUGUUUUUUCGUUUAUAUGUAAUUGUGGCCAAUUUCGGUACUUAAUUCUUGUAUAAAUAGGUAUUUUUUUAUAUAAAGUAAUGUUACAGCGAAGUAUAUGAUGGCAUAUAUUAAAAUGUUCUUUAUAUAGAAUCAGAUGAACGAUAAUGAGUUCGGCGAACGCGGCCGGAGUGUCGCUAGGCUAGGGGGCGUCGCGCGUCGUGCGCCGCGCGUCGUGCGUCGCGCGUCGCGCAGUGCGGUGCGCGCGAGCCCGAUUCGAACCAAACCCAAUGUUGUAAAUGUAAUUAUUUCGUUAUUCUCAACGAAGUUGACGAGUUGAUAUGUAUAUAAUGUAUAAACUGUAGGCGAUAAGGUCAGACGGCAGUGGUAGUGCAAGCCUCUCGUAGGUAAAUAAUGAAUAAUUAGUCUUAAAAUGUUUUAUAUUAUUAUCUAAGUAUUUAAAUAAACCAGAGUAAAUAUUUUA